AUGAAUGAAUUCUAUAAUUAUAACUUGAAACUGGCAAAGCGUGAUACUUCUACACGAUGGCAAAAGCAAAGAUCUACACUAAUCACAAGAAAAUGUACAGAAAACUCACAGAAUUUGCAGGAUUUCCUUAAAUUGGUGAAGUCAUAUCAUUGGAUGGGACUAGUACAAAUGUCAACAAAUGGAUCAUGGCAGUGGGAAGAUGGCACCAUUCUCUCACCUAACCAACUAACACUGAUUGAAAUGCAGAAGGGAACCUGUGCGGUCUAUGGCUCAAACUUUAAAGGCUACACAGAAAACUGUUCCACUCCAUACACGUACAUUUGUAUGCGGAGGAUUGUGUAA